GUAAUGAUUACUUGGCAUCGGUGGAGGGGAUUCGGCGAGGUGGGAGAAGUGCCCGAUAAAUAUAACCGACAAGCCGGCACCGGCUCUAAACAGUCAGUCGUCAUACACGCCAGUCGCUAACUAUUUCAAAUUCUUUUCUAUCGUCAAAACUCGAACCGACCGAUUCAGAAUGCCGAUCGACUUCUACUACACUCCCGGCAGCCCGCCAUGCAGAUCCGUUUUGCUGACUGCCAAAGCUUUGGGCUUGGAAUUGAACUUGAAAACUUUAGAUCUCCACCACGGUGAACACAUGAAACCAGAAUUCCUUAAAAUAAAUCCUCAACACUGUGUACCAACAUUAGUAGACGGUGACUUAGCUUUGUGGGAGAGCCGUGCAAUCAUCGUGUACUUGGUUCAAGCUUACGGUAAAAACGAUUCACUGUUCCCCAAAGACCCGAAGAAGCAAGCGCUGGUCAAUCAAAGACUGCAAUUUGAUGUCAGUACCCUGUAUCCGGCGUUCGCCGAUCAAUACUACCCGUGGAUUUUUGCUGGAGUGCCGAAAAGUGAUGACAAGGAAAAGAAAAUCCACGAUGCGCUUGCAUUUUUGGAAAUAUUUCUGGGAUCUUCCGCUUGGGCUGCCGGUGAUUCAGUGACUGUGGCCGAUAUCGCUUUGGUUGCUUCCAUUUCGACUUUUGAGGCUGUCGAUAUUGACUUGAAGAAGUACGCAAACAUCUCUAAAUGGUUUGAAAAGUGCAAGAGUACAUUGGCGGGAUACCAAGAAUUCAAUCAAAAAGGAAUCGAUGGAUUCAAAAUCAUGGUGGCUAACCUCACCAAGAAAUAGGCGUUUAUAUUUAUUUACGUUUAUUCCGAUCAGAUUUUGCGUUUCGUGUUUUGAUUACACCAUUUUUGUUUUACUCUAUUCAAUGGUACAAUAAUUAUUGCUUUUUACAAAUUUUAAAUUAUAAAUACACACUUUUUUAUUUA